UCAUAUAUUAUUGGGUUAUUUUAACGAGAGUGAGUACACAUACUUUAGUCAUAAAAAAAUCAUUCUAUUUCCACUCGACAAGGCUAUCCGGAAUCAAGUCUCAAAUCACAAGUGAAAGUCUAUGUGGCAGCCCAAAGGAUACAUGAACACCGUCCCAAUCUCCGGUGGCUUGGCUGUAGCGUCUCCAUGAAGAUGGAAGAAGACAUCCAAUAAGAAGCAGAUAGAUGUGUAGAGUAGCAUUUUGAAGUUUGGAGUUCCAUUGUAACUAGAGAUGUCAAGCAAUCUAGAAUUCUCCAAGCUCAUCUUUUGGACUUCUCUCUCACUUACCCUUCUACUUCACAUCGGGAAUGGAGAAAGGUGCGAAAGAAAUGGUCCGAGUGUAAGGCAAACCCAAACCGGGUUCAAGAAGCCACCCACGUACACUGUUGAGGUCAAAAACACCUGCCCGACCUGCCCGGUGAUUGACGUUCAUGUAGAAUGUGGAAACUUUUCACAAGGUUUAGUGAACCCUAUGAUUUUCAGAGUGUUGGGUCAAAACGAUUGUGUUCUUAACAAUGGUUCACCAUUGGAGCCUUUUGAAGAGAUGUCUUUUAAAUACUCUCAUACCAUGUAUGCAUUGAAGCCUUCAACUUGGUAUUAUCAAUGUGAGUAAUUAAGAGUUAUUCAAUGUAUGUCAAGUAUUUUGAGAUAAUGUCAUAAAAGAUUUGUUACAUCUACUUAAU